AUGCCAUCAACCAAACGUGCAUUUUCAACAACUAGUAUUUUCUUAUUUACACUUGGGACUGUAGGAUUAUUAAUCUCAGUUGUAUUAUUUGUAUUAUUAAAGAAUUCAAUGCAUUUUAUUCCAAGUGGAAUAAAAUGGAUUCUUUCAUUUAGUAUUUGUGGUUCAUCAGUGGCAUUAAUUACAUCAUUAAUUGGAAUAUAUAGUGGAUUCCAAUUAAAGAAAAUAUUCAUAUAUAUUUAUAUUGGAGGAUGUGUUGUAGUUACUAUUCUUUUUCUUGGUACUACAGUAACAAGUUUUAUUGGAGUUGCAUUUCCUGAUUGGAGUUUAACUCAUUUUUGGAAUGGUUUGAAUUCUAAUCAAAAAGCAUUUACUGAAGUUGCAUAUAGAUGUUGUGGAUGGAAGGCAUAUUCUCAAAAUGAUUGUGCAUAUUAUCCAAUUCCAGGAGAAGUACAAGCACCAUGUUAUGCUAAGUUAUAUUUUCCAUAUAAUGGAUUUAUUAUUAUGACAUUAAUUCUUGGAACUCUUGCUUCAGUCAUGUGUGUUUCAUUUAUUGGGAUGGCUGUAUAUUUCAUUAUUACAUUUAAAGUAGGUAAUGGCUCUUCUUCAUCUGCAGCUUCUAAAAAGGAUGAUGAUUAUCAAAGAGUUGUUGAUGAGUUUAGUGAAAACAUUGAGGAAUAA